CCUCAAUUUACAACAUGUUUGACUUGACUCGAUAAGGUCAGAUAUAUACGAUUAUUUGACUUGAUUCGGCUUGUUGGACUUGCUGGUUGUGGAACCGUGACGGGAACUAAUAAUAGUAACAGUUGAGUUACUUAAAGGAGGUAGAGGUACCUACUUAUCUGGAGAGUGGCUGUAUUGAAUACCGACCUUAACUCAGUCAACAGCCCGUGUCAACCUGUUCAGUUCAGUUCAGUUCUAAUCCUCUUUGCCGGGGGCGAAUGUGACAGUCGUCAAUCUUACUCUCUAAGACAUAUUAUUAUAUUAAGCACCUAGAUAAAUCGUUUUUAGAGAUGCUCUUCAAUCUUCUUCCACUCAGCCCGGCUAACCUGUUGGCUUUUUGUUUGCUGUUUAUCACUGUGCUUUGGCGUCGGUAUGCUACUAAACACGCCCGUCUCGUGGCGUACGAGAAGCGCGACGAUGUAAAAGGUAUCCCUUCAACGUUCCCCCAUGUCUUCCCCUUUCUGGGAAGUCUACCCAUUAUGUACUUACGGAGCCCGAAAGACUUCGUAUUGAACCCCAAGAACUUCUUCCAGAGCGCGCACCCAGUUCUAGUCAAAAUUCUUACUCAAGAGUUCUACGUGAUCCAGGGUCCAGAGAAUAUCAAAGCCCUCUUUAAGAGCUCUUCGGUGUGCACAUCAAUUCCCUUCGUCAAGUUCGCUCUUGGGUACGCUUUUGGCUUGCCAGCUAAGGCCCUGAGUUUAUACGACAGGGACGACUCCGGCAGUAGCCAUGUGCCUCAUCCAGGCAGCACGGUGGAGGCUCGCAACCGUAUUGACUACCGCGGGCACCAGUCUAUAAUCCAAUUUCUAGAAGGCAAAAAGCUUCUGCCUUUCUGGAACAGGUUCGCAGACGAUAUUACACAGCAGUUGUAUAGUUUGCAUGAUCGCAUGGGGCCUGACUGGGAAUACCGCGCUGAUCUGAUGAAGGUCAUUGGAGAUGAAGUAACGGUCUCAACCCUUAAUGCUCUUUGCGGACCAUACCUCCUGAGGCUGAAUCCAAAUUUCCUGCAGGACUUCUGGGACUUUGACCGCAACUUGCAGACUUAUCUCCAAGGGAUCCCUUGGUUUCUUGCGCCAGGGGCCUACGCGGCUCGAAAGAGGGUCCUGAAUGCUGUUAAAAUCUGGCAGCAGCACGCAAGGGAUCACUACGACGACUCCACCGUGGGUACUGACGGUGACGAUCCAUUUUGGGGGAGUAGCUUCUUCCGAGAGCGACACGAAAUGUUUCUCGAAAUGGACGGGUUUGACCACGCUGCUAUCGCAUCCCAAGAUUUCGGAGCAAUAUGGGCAGUAAGAAAUUCUAUCGCUACUGUAUCAUGGGCGGUUUUCGAAAUAUAUCGGGAUCCUGAGCUGCUUGCUAGUGUGAGGGCCGAGGUUGAUACCUGUGCGACCAGAAGCGCGGAUGGCCGCAUCCGGUUCGAUAUAGACCAAUUGCUCCGUUUGCCAGUCCUCCAAGCUGUAUAUGCCGAGACCUUGAGACUUAGGAUGCACUUUUACAUCAUCAAGAUGCCCGAUAGGGUUGAUAUGAACAUCCGAGACUGGAUUAUACCGAGGCGAAAGGUAACUGUCACGCUGACGACAGUUGCGCAUAUGGAUUCUAAAGCGUGGAACACUGGUUCUAAUAACGAGCACCCCGCCAACGAGUUCUGGGCUGGACGAUUCCUUAAUUAUCCGUCUGGAAGUGAGCCCUCCAACGCUCAGGCGCACGGUUUUACCCCCGCGUUCUCAACAAAAGAGUACGAAGGAUCAUGGAUUCCCUACGGCGGCGGACCACGACAGUGUCCUGGCCGGCAUUUUGCGAAACGCCAGAUAUUACUGACUACUGCUUUGAUGAUUAGCUUAUUUGACUGCGAGAUAUCGGAGGAGGGAAAAACUGUGCAAGAAGAUUUGACCUUGAAAGGAUUCGGCGGUGGAAUAUCGCAUCCCAUUAACCUAGUGCCAAUACAUAUAAAACAAAAGAGAUAAUACCUAAUGCCAAAAGGAGACUGGCCUUCUAGCCCUCCUAAAUAAACGACUACGAUUUACCAUAAUCUAAUUGAUUCAUUAACUAGAUUGAAUUUAAAGUUAAAAGAACGCCCCCUUUUCA